AUGGCUACUGAAGAAGUGUUGAAUAAGUUUUUUAAGAAGAUAGAACAGAAAUUAGAACAUUUCUCUGAAAGUAUAAAUAUAACCACAACACAACAGGAGGAAUUAGCAACAAAAGUUGCGGAAUUACAAGUUAAAGAUGGAUCUUAUUCUGUAGCAGCUAAAGCAACAAUAGGCCAGAGCAGCUCAGGAUCUCCUGGGAGAGAUCGCCAGGCAGCCGUGGUUGGUGAUAUUGGAGAUAGCCAGAAAAUAGGACUUUUGAUAAAUGCAGCUGGACCAAAAGCUGCUCAAAUCUAUGAAACUUUCAAUGACGAUUCCGGUGAAUUCUAUAUUGCAGGAACAGUUGGUGUAUUGAAUCCUCAUGAUAUGUCCGACGAUGAAAAUACGCUGAACAACGCCACAUGUACAACUCCAGAUACAACUUCAGAGGCCAUAAUAAUGCCUAAUAUCAGUGGUGUGUCCUUGAAUGCACAAAAUAUAUCCAAUGUGAAUUCUAGUGUAAAUGUUGUAAGGUCAGCUGGUCCAGUGUCCAAUGAUCACAAUGUGUGUUGCAAAUUGGACACUGGAGCCAAGGCCAACCUACUAUCUCGUAAAGAUCACGAUAGUUUGAAGUACAAACCCAAGAUACAUAAGAAAUGUGUAAAACGUUUUGAUUAUAAUGGGUGUAAAAUCUCUAAUACUGGUGUAUGUAUUGCACAGGUUGUUCUCAAGGGAAAGAGUUACAAUGUAAUGUUUGUUGUUGUUGUUGACAAAGGGGACUCAUUAUUACCCUUGAAAAGUUGAACAUGGUAUAAUAAAUAUAAAAUUGAAAAAUUGAAUUGAAAGUGGAUUCAACAUGUAUUAAUAAAAGCUAACUAUGGACACAUAAUAUACAGCCUUAAACAAUUUAGAAUAAGUUGGAUUACUGA